UUUUGGGUCGAGGAUGGUUGCCGCGGGUGGACGUGCAGUUCAAAUUAUAAAUGUUGAAGAAUGUAUGAAGAAAACAUCAUUCAGUCUAGAUGAAGAGUCUUUGUCUUCAAUUCUUUUAAGACCAGAUGUGCGUGACAAAAAAGUUGUUGUGGUGUCUGUCGCUGGUGCGUUUCGUCAAGGAAAAUCGUUUUUACUGGAUUUUUUCUUACGCUAUUUGUUAUCCAAUGACCGUACUAACUGGUUAGGAGACCCGGAAAUACCUUUGAAGGGCUUCCCCUGGCGAGGUGGUUCAGAGAGAGACACUGUUGGAAUAUUGUUAUGGAGCGAACCAUUCUUUAUGACUCUACCAUCUGGAGAGGAAGUAGUCGUUCUGUUAAUGGAUACACAGGGUUCCUUUGAUAGCACUAGUACUGUGCGUCAGUGUGCUACAGUUUUCGCUUUGAGUACAAUGAUCAGUAGUACUCAAGUUUAUAACAUUCAUGGUAAUAUUCAAGAAGAUCACCUUCAGCAUUUGCAUUUAUUCACCGAAUAUGGUCGACUUGCCCUGGAAUCUGAUAUUUCUGGAACACCUUUCCAGCAUCUUUUAUUCCUUGUUCGCGAUUGGAGUUUCCCGUACGAGUAUGACUUCGGGAAUAGUGGUGGUACUCAACUGCUUGAUAAUCGCCUCAAGAUUGUUCAACAGCAUCACACAGAGCACCAAGCUGUCCGCCGUCAUAUUCGCUCUUGUUUUUCCAAGUUAGAUUGUUUCCUAAUGCCUCAUCCCGGUCUUAAAGUUUCAACAAAUCCAAACUUUGAUGGACGAGUAAAGGAUAUUGAUCCUAGUUUCGUUGAAAACCUUAUAGCAUUAGUUCCUCAUUUGUUAGCUCCAGUUAAUCUGGUUGUUAAAAGGAUAAAUGGUCAGGAAGUUACGUGUCGUGAACUUUUUACUUAUUUCAAAGCAUAUAUAAAAAUUUAUGAAAGUGAUACUCUCCCAGAACCACGUUCUAUGUUGGAAGCAACUGCCGAGGCUAACAACCUUAAUGCAAUAUUAACAUGUCAAGAGAUGUAUUCAGAGGCUAUGAACAAGAUUUGUGGACCCGAUCGGCCGUACAUCAAUCCAACUGAUUUAGAUUUAGCUCAUUUAAAAAUAUAUAAGGCGGCUAUUGAAAAAUUUAACACAAUUCCCAAAAUGGGUGGUGAGGCAUUCUCUGCAGGUUAUUUGGAACGCUUAAAAGAAACAUUAAAACAACUGGGAGAAGAUUAUCGGAUGUCAAAUUCUAAAAAGGAUAUAUUCCAGACAUUUCGUACCCCUGCUGUUUUGGCUGUUGUUCUACUAAUUUUCCAUAUUGUUACAGGAAUAUCAGAAUUUAUUGGUUUAUCAAUGGUUUCGGGUAUAUUGGCCCUACCAUUUUAUAUUGCUUUAAUCUCAUUGUUCACGUGGUUGUUUUUAAGUUACACUGGUCGAGCUCCAGAAUUAGCUAGUGCCAUCGAUCAGUCAGCUGAGUUGGUAAUAAAGAAGGUAUUCAACCCUGCGAUAAAAAUAGUCGGUAAUCGUGGAAUGGCUCAACUAGUUGGUGGUAAUCUUGUUUCUGAUCAAACAACAAGAACUUGA